GGCAGCAGGGGAACCACAGAAUCUUUUGUGUGAUGUCACGGGUACCGCGUCCAUAUUUUACACAGUCGAUAGGUUGUAUGUGGUGCAUAGUCAGUGUGUUACCUACAGUAGACAGGAUCAGCACUGACCAUAAGAACCUCAGAUAACCCGAAAUGUGAAUGUACACACUAAUGUAUGCCCAGUUACACUAACAGGACGUGUUCACUCAUCAAAAUUUAAUGAAUUUAGUUUUUUUUUAAAUCCGCCGUCGACAUCAUCCACCACCUGACUGACCAGUUCUUUUGCAGAGCGUGACGUCGGCGUUGCCAGCGUGGAACGCACGUCGUCUCGCGCCUAUCCAGGAAGUAAACCGUCCGGUUGAGUGUACGGAGCUGAGGAGGAAGUCGGAGCGGUAAAUAAAUACGUGUCAGCUCCAGCAGCUCAACACACUCCAGCGGAGACCCGAGAGAGCACGCCGCGGCGUUUGUCUUUACACCCUGGUCCCAGCAGACCCAGCCCGCCUGUCCGCGGCGCGCAGCGAAGCACACACACACACACACACACACACACACACACACACACCUUAGACGAUGGUGGACACCACACUGGUUCAAGUGGGCAAGAAUCUGAGUGAUGCCAUGAGAAUUCUGGAAGAUGGACAUAGAGAGCUGGAGGCAGGAACAGAGAGAUGGCGCUUCAGCAGAUCUAGCAUCCCUGGACCCCUGCAGGGAGAUGGUCAGGAUGUUGCCACCAUACUGCACCUCGUUCACAACCUCAUACAUGAAGAGGAGGAGGAAGAGGACAAGCCCAGCCAGCAUAGGAUGCAGAAUGUGGGUGAACAGGGUCACAUGGCCUUGCUGGGUCACAGCCUGGCAGCCUACAUCUCGGUGUUGGACAGAGAGCGACUGCGAAAGCUGACCACUCGGAUUCUGUCAGACACCACGCUGUGGCUCUGCAGACUAUUCAGGUAUGAGAAUGGUUCAGCGUACUUCCACGAGGACGACAGGGAGGGCCUGGUCAAAGUGUGUCGGCUGGUCAUCCACGCCCGUUAUGAAGAAUACGCCUCUGAUGGUUAUGCAGCCCUCAGCUCCAAACAGCCAGUCAUCUACCAGAGUGCCUCAGGCAGGCCUGGUCUGGGACAGCACCUGUGUAGCCAGCUCGGCCUGCCUCUCUCCAGUCUGUGCACAGUCCCAUGCAACACCAUCUUUGGAUCCCAGCACCAAAUGGACGUUGCACUGUUGGACAAACUAAUCAAAGAGGACAUAGAAGCUGGGAAGCUUCCUCUGCUGUUGAUCGCCAACGCAGGUACCCCUGGGGCAGGACAUACAGACAAGUUAGGUCGUCUGAAGGACCUGUGUGAUCAGUACAGCAUGUGGCUCCAUGUGGAGGGGGUCAACCUGGCAACCCUGGCACUGGGUCAGGUCACCUCUACUAUCAUGGCAGCCAACAGAAGUGACAGUAUGACACUGACACCAGGUCAGUGGCUGGGGCUGCCUGCUGUAACUGCCGUCACCCUCUACAGACACGAAGACCCAGCACUGUCUCUGGCAGCAGGUUUGACCUCCAGCCAGCCGGUGGCAAAGCUGCGAGCGCUGCCUCUGUGGCUCUCCCUGCAGUACCUCGGUCACAAUGGAAUUGUCCAAAAGAUCAGACAUGCUGCUGCUCUGAGCCAGCAACUCCUGCAGAAGCUAAAAACACUGGUCUCUAUCAAAACAUCGGUGGAGGAUGAACUCAGCUCUCCAGUGGUGCUCUUCAAGUUUUCACAGGAAAUGAGUGCUGCAUCCAGUGGGGGGUCAGUGGAAGGUUUCUGUGCUGGGGAGAGAGAGGUGCUUGAUGCCUUCAACAGAUGGCUGGGUGAACAGCUGGUCCAGCUUGUUCCCACCAGUGGAGUAGACGUGGUGGAGCUUGAAGAUGAGGGUACAUGUGUUCGCUUUAGUCCUCUCCUGACUGCUGCAGUUCUGGGGACCCAGCAGCAGGACAUUGACGACCUGGUGGAGAAGCUGUCUGAGCUGGUGCCUGUGAUGAGCUCCACAAUGUGCCUCAGACAGGACUUCAGGGAGGAAACCCACCAACACUCACCUUUACUUGUAUACAUAGAUGAGCUCAGCUGGCCUGGCCUGGGUGUUGUCCGGUACGAGCCUCAGGAUGAAGGAAUGGAUGAGAGCAGGAGGAAGCAGGAGUUGGAGAAAAUCAACACUGAGCUGCUGAAGAAACUACAAGAGCUUGACACUGACAUCAUCUUCUCCACUGGCCCGGAGUUUGGGACAGAGGAGGACUGCAUCUUUGUUGGCAUGGUCACCGAGGACGUGGAUGUUUCGGAGCUGGUGGAUACAAUAGCUGCUCUCGGGAGGGACAUAGAGGAGAGCGGAAGGCUUCUGGAGAACAUGACGGAGGUGGUGAGGAAAGGCAUCCUGGAGGCAGAGCUGCAGCUGCAGAAGGCCAAUGAGGAGAAACUCAUGGAAGAGGGGAUGAUGAGACAGCUUCCUCUGGUUGGCUCUGUGUUAAACUGGUUCUCUCCAGUUCAGAGCUCCAUAAAGGGCAGGACCUUCAACCUGGCUGCAGGUUCCUUGGACUCCACAGAGGUCACAUACUCCACCAAAGCCCAGGCUGGCAGGCCGUCCCUGCAAGACACUCCUACCUCUUCAUCCAAAAGACUGCCAGGUCAGAGGUUAUUCCGGCGCUCGGGGGCAGGCUCCGACUCCUUCAGUGAAACCAGCUCCAUCGGACAAGCUGAGGAGACACCCAGGGAGGGUAGUACCACUCCGAGCUGUAGCAUCCACCCACCCAUCUCUCCACCUACACCUGAGGAGGACUCGCACUCUGCAAGUGAUGUUGUGGCAGAGGAAACCCCGGAGGUGCUCACACAGGCGGGGGCUGAAGAAGCCUCCGAGGAGAGGCAGCCUGAAGGCCAAGAGGUGGAGGAGAGCGGGAGAUAGGAGGUGCAGGUGUCCUCCAGCCAUCCUCUAAAGGGUACCAGCCUAACUAACAGAUGUUCAAAGGAAAGGUGUUGUUAUAUUGUGAAUCUAAGGUUUGGAGGGAAAACUGAUGGAGCUACACUGGGCUGCUGGAUGUCAAGGUUCAUGGAAAAAUCCACCCCUGGAUCCUCUUCUACUGUGACGCUCACUUCAAGUUAUUUAGUGAUAAACUGUUCCAAUAUGAGAGUUCUCUGAAUGUUGCUGCAGCGUUCUGAGAAAUGUGUCUUCCCACAGUUUUCAGAAUUAAUUGAAGUUCUUCCAUUCAGAGGUCUUCUGGCAUACAUACAGUUAUUCUACAUGUUAGUGAGAUGAGCCGUCUGUUAUACCAGGCUCUCCUGUCCUCACUGUCCCCCUGUAUGUUGCCUGUACAUUCACGUUUCAGUAUGAUGGAGAGAGUUGUGCUGUCUGACUCUUGUAGCUGCACUAUAAAUGUCUUGACAGAUGGUGUCAUCUGUGAUCGGCCAUGUAUUCACAGGGAUAACAGGAGCACAGUCUGCAGCAGCAGAAGAGUUUCAGGGGGGGGGGUUUCCUUUGAGGCUGUGAUGGAACGGAGCUGACAUCCAGCCCAGCUGUGUGUGUCUUUUUACUCUGAUGUGUCUGUCAGUCUUUGGGAUGUCCUGUUGGACUAAAGAAUUUCUUCAGCUUUAAAGAGAAAUGUGAUUGGUUCAGACCAGAGUCUCUAUUUAAUACUCUGUUCACAUUAACACUCAACAAAGCAGCUUGAUAUUAAAACAAAGACUCCAAUUAAAACGUUCAGAUUCUUCACUGUAAAUAGUCUAACAGAUGAUAUAUAUCUAACCUGCCCAAUUACUAACUAUAAUUAUUUAUGAUAAAAUAAUUCUGUAUAGAAGGAGUAGAGUAUUAUGAUCUAUUUAAUUAAAUAAAUAAAUAAACAUCUACUGAUAAGUCACCUGCUUCAAACACUCCCUUCAUGUGAGCACUGCCCCACAAACCUUCAAUAAACUAUGAAGUCACAAUGUUACCAAACUAAAGAUGUUUUCAUGAGAAGAAGUCACAAUAUUACAAGAAUGAAACUGUUAUUCUGAAGCUAAUACGUUCAGAAAGUCAUGACCUGACACUAGUUGAGACAAAGUUAUAGUUUAAUGAGAUACUAUCAUACUAUUACAAGGUAAGCCUGCACAAGAGGAAGUUCUAUUACAACAAUAAGUCAUUUUGAGAAUCAAAUUGUAUUUUGAACUAAACCAGAUGAGCAGAGCAUCAACUGUCAUUCAGUGCACUGCAGACAUGGUGUUACAUCAUCAUUCAUUCGUCAGUGUCCUUUAAAUAUGUAAUAAUGUGCUUAUUGAUGAAGCCUAAGAACUUCACAUUCCUGACAGACUGUCAGCUGAUGAUUCAACACUUAUUUAAGUUUUUCUCAUCAAAAUUCAGACUUUAUUUUCAUAAUGUUCUGACUUUUUUUCUCAAGUUGUUUUGUUUUCCAAAAAGUCUGACUCCUCAAAAUGUCAGGAUUCUUUUCUAACACCCUAUGAAUUCCGUUUAAACUCCAGCCACAGCUUUGUGGAUCGAAAUCUAAUUCCUUGUAUGAUUGUUCAUGCAGCAGGUGCCAGGGUAAUGUUACGUUUUUAUUUCUAUGUGAUUUUUUUAAUUCUUUUUUUUAUUUUUUAUUCUGUCACAGAGGAGCAUUGUUUUACAGGGAUUUACUGUACGAGGAAUAUUUGUUUUGUUUGUUUGUUGACAAAAACAUCCUGCCCGACCCGGUCAGAAUCCGUCCUGUCCUGGAUUACCAUUUAAACAUUAUCCAAGUGCCAUAUCAGACGGCCAAAUGAAGUCUAUGUUUGUUUUUAGUCUUCUUCUUUGUCAUUUUUUUGAGAGAACGCCCAACACUAACACGUUACCUUUUUUGCACAGGCUGAUGAUGAGCAUGUUGUGUGCACUUUAUGAACAUGUCUUCUGUAUGUGUAAAACAGUUCAAACAGUGUAUCGACCACACCAAGAUCCAAAUAGCCUCUAUGCACUGUGUGGUCGUGGCCGUCCCUGAUGAAACUCUGUGGGAGAAAUCUUUGGUGAAAUCUGUGGUCAUCAGUCCAAACUGUGGUCCUAGAUUUCACUGAGACACGUCCUCCGACAACUGAUUUAGAACCGGAGACCAAAGACAGCCCGCUUCGAAAUACUGACAGGGUCAGAAAUUUAGAAAGGAAAGACUGUCUGACUGUUGUAGACAUGUCAAAACAGAUAUUGUACAGUCUGACACAGGUUGUGACCAAGACCGUAUCAGACCAAUCUUGAAUCCAUCAGCUAUCAUCAAGUCAGGAUUCAACCUUUGGCAAAACUUUUUUUUCCUAGGAUGGUUGCACAAAGGUCAAGUAGUUCAUGUGAACAAACAUUCUUGAUGUCAAAUCCCAGAAGGUCAGGCUUUGGCUUAGGGGCAUGGGGUGAAUGUUAAGGGCUUCACUGUGAUUGGAAACCUAGAAAAAAGAAAUCAACAACCAAUGUUUCAAGGCUUCUGGUGUAGCCUGCGGAUAUCCAGAUAUUAACGAACAGAAAAUGAAUAUCCGGGCACUGAAUCAUCAUCAGAUGAUAGCUGAUGAGUUCUAAAUUUGCAUUUCGGCCAGUGUGUUCCGCCUCGUUUGCUCUCCACGUGGACUGUUUAACCACAUGCCACCAAAUCACUGCUCACAUAUGAUUGGUCAAUACUACUUGGACUACAAAUGGAAACCAGAACACUUUCAAUGCCAAAAUUCUGUCCUUUGCCUACAGAUUCUGUAUUCAUAUGCAGAAUAUGUUUUAUAGAGAUAUUAGACUGUCUUACACAGUAUGACAUAUACAAACCUGGAAGAUGACUGUUAUCACAUCUUGUGUAGGGGCCUUAAUGUGUCCCUGAAAGUGAAAGAAACUUUAUUUUGACAAAAAGAGAAAAAAAACAUGGGAAUAGCAGGAAGUAGAAGUGUGUCAUGAUUGCACACUUAAUAUUAUCAAUAAUAUUAAUUUAAUGGUAUGUUAUGGGAACUUCUCUGAACAUGCAAACAUCUGCCGCCUGAUAUUUAGCCUUUUGAUGCAUCUUUACACACUAUGGUGGACACCUUCUGAGCAGUGAGGGGUUGUCAUUGAUUUCUAUGCCUUUGGGAGUUGAAUAGGAGUGAAUGUGCCUCCUGUGAGCUCCCGUGGAGGUGCCUGAAUGUAACAAAAAAACAUUUAAACAACAGAAAAUGUCAAAGAAUCAAAGAAGCAGAACACAAAUUUGAGCGGAGUUAUCCUUUAGUACAUUAAGCUGGGUUAUGAAUGAAGAGUUAUGAAUUAGCAGUGAGAAUAAAGAUUAUGAAAGAAUCUAUUUCAGCUUUAUUGCACUUGUACUGUAGAUAAUUUCUUUACUACUGUUUUUUAUUUAAUGUCGUAUGUGGUGUAAAUGAAGCAGAGUCUUCUUAAUUAUUCUUUCUGUUACAUGAUUCUAAUGUAAAUCUAAAUCAAUAACUUUAUAACCUUCCAAGAAUAUGUUUGAAGAACUUUUGAUUUGAUAUAAUGAACUGUCCCUGAUGGUCCUGCCUCUGUCACUGUCUGAAUGAUUGAUUGUAUUUAAUAAUCAGAAUCUUUUUCUCUUGAAUGUUUUCUACCUUUUAGUUUACACUACAGAAACACUUUGACGUAUUUUGUGUAAAUUCUGUCUCAACAGAUUAAAUUCAAAGUUUUCUAGUCUUAACGUCAGGCCAAGGCUUUCUGUGGUUCAGUUCUAAAAGUACCUCUCAUCAGAUUUUCAGUCUUCCUCUGUACUGUUCAAUGUAAGUGGCAUAUUUAUGGUUCAGUUAGUCAUUCUUAAAUACAUUUGUAAUUGUACAUGAGCCCCACAUGUCUGACUAACAGCAAUAAACGAAAGCCAUCAACAGUGUUUUAAUACCUAAAAACAAAUUUACAGUCACAAUAUGAAAAAGUGUGCGUGCGUGCGUGCGUGCGUGCGUGCGUGCGUGCGUGCGUGAUUGUGACAGCUUGUAACAGAAUUUUACAACUGAGGGAAAAAUGUUAAACAUUAAACAAAUGUAUAAACUGUC